GGGCCCCCUCCCGCUCCUCCCUCAGCACCUCCCUGGCCCCGCCCACGCUCUCCCACCCAGCCUGGGACUGCGUCAUAAGUAAGCCCAGACCUGAGCUUGCUGCUUGCUGCCUGUGGGAGACUGGGAGACAGUAAGUGCUGCUCAAACAAGCGCGAUCCUCUCCUCUUCCAACCUGCAGCCCAAGAUACUGAUUCGAGCCGCGCCUUACCGCGCAGCCCGAAGAUUCACCAUGGUGAAGAUAGCCUUCAACACCCCCACGGCGGUGCAAAAGGAGGAGGCACGUCAGGAUGUGGAGGCACUCGUCAGCCGCACCGUCCGAGCUCAAAUCCUGACUGGCAAGGAGCUCAGAGUUGUCCCACAGGAGAAAGAUGGCUCAUCUGGGAGAUGUAUGCUUACUCUCCUAGGCCUCUCAUUCAUCUUGGCAGGACUGAUUGUUGGUGGAGCUUGCAUUUACAAGUACUUCAUGCCCAAGAGCACCAUUUACCAUGGUGAGAUGUGCUUCUUUGAUUCUGAGGAUCCUGUCAAUUCCAUUCAUGGAGGAGAGCCAUACUUUCUGCCUGUGACUGAGGAGGCUGAUAUCCGUGAGGAUGACAACAUUGCCAUCAUUGAUGUGCCUGUUCCCAGUUUCUCCGAUAGUGAUCCUGCAGCAAUUAUUCAUGACUUUGAGAAGGGAAUGACUGCUUACCUGGACUUGCUUUUGGGAAACUGUUAUCUGAUGCCCCUCAAUACUUCCAUUGUUAUGACUCCAAAGAAUCUGGUGGAGCUUUUUGGCAAACUGGCAAGUGGCAAGUAUUUGCCUCAUACUUAUGUGGUUCGUGAAGAUCUGGUUGCUGUGGAAGAAAUUCGUGAUGUUAGUAACCUUGGAAUUUUUAUUUACCAACUUUGCAACAACCGAAAAUCCUUCCGCCUUAGACGCAGAGACCUCCUGCUGGGUUUCAACAAGCGUGCCAUUGACAAAUGCUGGAAGAUUAGACACUUCCCCAAUGAAUUUAUUGUUGAAACCAAGAUCUGUCAGGAGUGAAGAGUGACAGAUAAAGAGUAUCCUUGGUAAUAAGAAGUCAGAAACUUACCAUCUGACUUUGAUAUUGAAAUUGAUGGGAUACUCAAGCUAUUUACUCAUACAUUUACUCUAUUGCUUAUACUGGAAAAGGAAAGGGGGGAGAAAACUACUAACCACUGCAAGCGAUUGUCCAAUUCUAGUUCAAUUGACAUUGCUUGCUGUUUUCAACAAGCCAAAUGAUUAUCUUUUCUCUUGAAUUUAUAGGGUUUAGAUUUCUGAAAGCAGCAUGAAUGUGUCAUCUUACCAUCCUGACAAUAAAGCCCAUCAUCUGGUUUUAUUUAAAGCAGGUUCUUGACAAAAUCACUUGGCUAGAGCAUGCUUUAAAUUUAAAAUAUUUGAAAUUUGUUUUUUGACAUUUUUUUGUGUGAAGCAUGUCAAAUCUCUUACCAUUCUUUUGUUUUCUUCUUCAUUGUGUUCAACUCUCCUGAUUUCAGAAGUUACAUUUUUGCAUUUCUAUCAGGUGCUGUGUAACGAAUCUGACUGAUAUGUGAACAAUAUUCAUGAGGAAGCAAUUUUUUACUCAUGUAAUGAUUCUUUCUCACUGAUAUCUGUAUUGUGAAAUCCACAGAACUGUACAGGUGCUGAAUGCUGUAAGGAGUUCUGGUUGUAUGAAUUCUACAACCCUAUAAUAAAGUUUACCAUACUCAA